GACCUGAUAGAUACCUGUGGAAGAUACAUGAAACUCCAUGUUGUGUCAGCUACUCAGCAGAACUAUUUAAUUGCAUGGCUGCAGUACACACUUACUUGUGGACAUUCUGAUAUUGCUCAAGUUUGUCUUAAUCAUCUCAAGUGGAAUUUGGAACAGGUUGCAGCCAAAGAUGACUUUGCAACCUGUGAUCUUGAUUUGUUAACAACAGUUUUGGGUCAGCAUGAUGUUGUUGUACAUGAUGAAAUGACGUUAUACAACAUUGUUGUAUCUUGGUUACACCGUCAAGAAGAAAGAUUAUCAAUGCCCACACCUGCAACAACACCAGGGGAGCCACCACCAUCUGUCAUUCUGGUAGGCCAGAGUACUAGUACAUCUACAGCUGUUGCAUCUCCACCUCUGUCUAUCACACCCUCAUGUGGUAAACUUUACCUACGCCGUGAUUCCACGACAAGCUCUUGUGAUACUAUGGAUCGGAUGGAAUGGUUGACAUAUGAGGUUAUGAAAUUCGUAAGAUUUCCAAUGAUGACUCCACGGCAGUUGGCUGAUCUGUUGCUUGUCCCUCUCACAAUAAAAUAUAAAGAAUUUUUUGUCACGCGCAUGGCAAUAGGAAUGUCAUUCCAUUCAGGUCAGUGGGAACGUGUUCGAGAGGUUAUGAAGGAAACAGAGCCCUCAAAUAAGCUCUUGUUCACGCCACGUCUCUACACAGCUGAACAGUGGAGUGCUAGUCUCACUGUAGACAAUCUUCCUGGUUUACCAGCAUAUCAUACAAGAACACUUGUGUUUUCAACACCUUCUUCGGCAUCAGAACUUGACUGUGAUACUCAGCUGGAGUGGAUUGUUGAACUUUACCCAAAGGGUGUGUGGUUUAGAAAGUUUUACCUCAUUGUUUGGCAAGGUACAGUAGAAGUACCUGAAGCAGUGUUACGGACAGUUAGAUUAGCAGUCACUGCAAAAGACGUUGAGUAUGCUCGUGUGAGGAUAGCAGUUUUGGUUUUUGCAGUGCAAGAUGGUAUUGAGUAUAUCAUCAAUGUCGUGUCUACAAAGUAUAUAUUUUCCUCUGAAGACAACCUACUCAAUAUGGAUGACAUUUUACCCUUUGACAGUUUGAAUGAUCCUUCGGAACGACAGCGGUAUCUACGAGAACCCUGUGAUUCACUCAAAGUCCACAUUGUAAUUAGUCCUCUAACAGACCACAAGUUAGAUGUACCUGGCAUCACAUGAUAUAAAGUUUAAUCUUUAUUUGCUGUAUAUUUUUAUGCAUUUGCAGUGAUAUUCUGUAGCUUUUUUUUUCUAUUACGAUCAUUUGUGAAAUGAAAUUUUGUGAUUGAAAUCAUCAAUGAUGCAACAUUAUUGGUGCAUGCUUUUUAAUGUUUAUAAAACACUACCGUUCUGCAUAAUGCUAGUGGGACUACAGUAAUUGUUUUCGUACUGUGUUAUGUGUUUGUGAUAAAAAAAGAAUGGAGACAUUUUUUUCUAGGGUUGUCGAGUACA